CAAUCUUUAGAGAUUAAAAGGCAACCAGGAGUUAUUAUUGAGCGAUGGGAUGGAAUCGAUGGCUAUCUGAUUAAAAAACUACUGGAAAAUCCACGUUUUCCUGACAUGCCAACAUAUGUCUCUGCAUCACCGACGUUUGAGGAACCACGAGACUGGGGGAACAAUUAUGGAUCGCGAAUCAGGGGUUACUUUGUGCCUAAACAAACUGGACCACACGUAUUCUUCAUAGGUAUUACAAUUGCAAACAAUAAACAGUUAGAUUACGCUGUAAAAUAGGUAUGACGAUGAUGAUUAAAAUUUUUACUAUAAGAAGAGUAUGAUUAUAAUAGCAAUAAUAGAAUUAAAUAUUUAUUAUUAUUGUUAUUAUUAUUAUUAUUGUUCUAUUACAAUUAACGUGGACUGUGGUAAAAUCCCAUAAUAUACAGUUUGACCUGAUUAAGAGGCCAUCCGGCCCUCGGGUUACCGGCAACUGGCCGCUCAAUAGAGGUUCGUCAAAAAUCAGCAUAAUCUUAAGCAGAAACAUCACUUUAUUUUGAAACAAACGCGCCACGGAAGAAACAUUACUGUUCCACAAUGAAUCAUCAGUUUCUAUCUCGGCCUGUAUUUUCCUUCUUCACAUUCUUAAAUGAAGCCAAACUAAGAGUUUCAAGCGGCUGAUGGCUUCUUGAUAGAGGUGACAACAAUGGCAGAACUCUCGUUAGGACGGCUAACAGGUGGCCGAUUCAUAGAGGUUUAAUUUCCCAUUCUUGGCUACAGUUAUUUCGGGACUUUGAUUACUGGCUGCUUAAUAGAGGUUGGCCGCUUAAUAAAGCUUCAAAUGUAGUUGCUUUUUGGUAACAUUACAUUUGUGUGCAUUUUCUCGUUUUGUGUUAUUGAUUUUACUUUUUCCUUUACAUUUUCUUCAAGAAAGCGAUAAUGAAGGCCAGCUAUUUCUCAGUACCACACUUGACCCAGACAAAAAGAUAUUAAUCUGCAAAGUUCAAAAAGACCACGAGUCACUACCGCUGCAGUUCAAAAAGUAAGACGUCCAGCCUGGCUUUUUAGUAUAAAGGGACCUCUCUAGUUUCUUUCUCUUUUUUAUUUUCCUCUUUUUUUCCAUUUAGCGUUUUACCAGUAGGCGUAAAACUGGCAAACGAAGCUUGACAUAAAUUUGCAUCAUAAACAUAGUUUGAAUAAAUGAAGUUGAUAUAACAAAAUCAUGUCAAAACAGUCAUUUAUGAUGAAGCUUCUUUUACAGUCGAACCAGGUCAAGCGUACCCUUAAGAUCCCAUUAAUGAAUUUAUUAUGCGAAAGUUGAACCCGUAAUGAGCCGUGAAUUCACACGCGAGGAAGUUAUGAAAUUUCUACCAGGUCAGUUUCGCUCAUUUGAUGUAAAAAUGUCUUCGAAGCAAUUUUAUCCAUUCAAAGAUUUUCAAUCUGACCAAAUACAGAGAAGUUCUAGUAAAAUACUCACUGCUCAUAACGCAUGCAGGAAUGCCAAUUUGAAUUUGACACUAGUUACGGGAAGGACUAACGGAUUUAUUUUUCAACUAAUCAGUUCAUUAAUACAAUCUUGGGGGAACUCUUAGCCUGUGCCUUGACUGUAAUUAGAGUUAAAUGCUCCCUCUUCAAAAUAGAUAAAAGCAUUUGCCCCAUUUUGAAUCGUCUACUUGCUGAGUUACAUUCCUUGUACAUUAUUGCAUGCAAUAUGGAGGUUGCAAACACACGCAUUGCAUGCACUUAGAAAGUUAAUUUGAAUAAAUCAGGGAGUUGAUUUCGAAUUUCUGGACUGUUAAGGUACCCCGAACAGAAGUCUUACCCAAUCAGCUUGAUAAAAGGUUCUUAUUACUACAUCGAGGCACUUCAUAAGGAACAGUAUGGCAAUGAUUCCUUGGCAGCCGCCGUACAAACCCCCGAUAACAAAACCUAUGCACCCAUCCCUUCCCAGUUCCUGUGGACGGCCUCGCCUACUGAAAACUCAGGUAUGCACCCCAUAGAACUAACCGUGUUUCUGUCGAUACCAAAGAACAAUUUAGUACUUAAAGCAUUAAUAACUUUAUCUGAGGAAACCGAUAAUACAUAACCAACACUCUACACGCAACUUUCCCAGGAAUUUCAAGUAGACAAGCAGGCAUGGAUUGUAGCUCCAUAUUUUUCUUGUUUUCGCUUUAAUGAAGAAAUGUAAUACGUUAUAAUAAAUAUUGUGCGGAAAUAACCCAAGCAAUUUAUCCUUACACUACAACGAUUCCAUUUUUGCCAAAAUCUUACUUGUGGAAGCAAAGUUUUGUCAGUUAACUCAGUCACAAGUCUUACCUUUCGUUCUUCCUGACUAAUUUUACCUUCCAUUGUUUUCUUUCCAGUGAACGUUGCGAAGGGUUCAUCCUAUAUUCUCUUAAAAAUAGCAGCAAAGGCGGGAGCCAAGGCUGGUGCUUCUCUUGGGAUAGCUCAAGCCCAAAAAAGUGGAGCAGAGGCAGGGGCAGAGGCAGGUGCUGAAGCCGGUGCCAAGGCUGGAGCUGAGGCAGCAGCUCAAGCUGCAACUAAGGCUGCAACAGAAGUGGCUACCAAAACACUGAAAGAGGCCUUGCUCAAACUGACAAAACUGAGCAAACCGGUGAGUGUUACUGAUAUGACGCCGUCCUUCAAACAAGUCAUAUUUGCUAUAUUUGCCACUGUUUUCCCACUUGGAUGAAAAUUAUUUAACAAUUAAAGCGUCGUUUUUAACUUGCAGUCCCACUGGAACUGAAAACGUUAUUUUCUUAAAGGUACGGUGCUUGAUUCGUCAGCGGACUGGAAUUGUCAUCCGGAGACCAGAGUUCAAACGUUGUUCCGACCACUAGCUUACGAUUGGCUUUUUACUCACGGUCCUAAAACAGAACUCCUUGUCUUCCCUCGCAAAGAGCUAACUGGUCAGCUUCCAGCCAGUGAUGGAUAAUUUCCGGCCCUCUUUAAAAUGAUAGGGUCGGUUAUUUAAAGGAAGUCUAGCUUAGACCGUGGUUUAGAAAAUCUUUGAACCUCCAGAUCUCUCCUUAGAGAGACAAAUGCUUUUCUAGUCUACGCCAUAUGCUUUCAUAAAACUGUUCGCGAUGAAUGGUGUUAACAUAAAAGCGUUUGGCAAACUGGAAACGGCUUGGGACGCGGUUUUGUUAAACACCGCCUAAACUCCGUUUAAAUAUCUGGCCCAUAAAGUUUACUGAUUGUCUAUUUUUUUAAAUCACUGAUUUGCCCGACCCAGACAUUGUAGCCUUGCGCUUUAAACCCUGCAGAGAGUCAAUGACGGCUGUUUCUUGCUGGUUUGCACUUGACGUCACGGCGGGCAUGUUGGUGAUCAAGAACAAAUUGGCAUUUGUCUCUGCUGGGAAAUAAACUCCUUUUUCAUGUAAAUUUUCGAAAAAAAUAUCGUAUUGACCACCUACAUGGCCGCCUCGUCACGUGCUAACAAACCAAGAAUAUUUCUCAUAUUUGUGGUUCUCAGGUAUUUAAUAUCUACACGGCAAACGGAAGUGUGAUUUCUCGUCCAGUUGCCUCUUCCAAACCUGGAAGUGAAAUAGGUGCUACGACGGCAGAAGGUAAAAUUAGUGGCCAAAUUGCUCAAACUGGACAAAGGGAAGCCCACGCGGGAGUUGAAGUAGAGGCGUCAAGCCAUGUUGGCAAAAUCAGUGGUUCUUUUUCCUACAACCCAGAAAAACCAUUUUACAUUUUCCCAGGCAGCUCUUCUAACGUCCGGAUUAGAGCAACACAUCAUCAGUUUCUGGACCAACGGGGAUACGCCCGAGUAAGUAAGUUGAAAGAAAAAGCCCAAACCUAAGAUUCAGAAGGGUGGUUGGACGGAAUGCUUCGGAUCCUCUGACAUUUUCCACUCAAACAAGAAAUUUCAAAUUAAGUCAUUGAUUAGGUGCUCUGAAAUAUAAGGUUGUUCAUAGUUAAAGUUUACUAGAAAUAAAAAAAGUCUUUGACGGUGAAGAAAAUUGAAAAUGAUAAUCUGACAGUAUAUUACCUGCGUGCAGACGUUUCCUAUUUCCUUUGUUGCACGCGGAAAAGGGACGUCUGCGUAACGCCGUCGCUAAUCGUGUUCCAGCGUCCUGCUGGGUUCCCAAGAUCUUGGGAACACGCUGUGAUAGGCUGACACACAGUGCGCAUUGUUGACACAUCACAUCAUAUUUGUAAACAGUGUCUGAGAAAACUACAAAAGCGGCGUGAACUUCGCACCAGGCAGGCAUUUCGGAGAAAGCCAGCCAGAGAAACUAAAAUCUUUAUUUAGCCGUAACAAACAGAGGUCAAGAAAAUUUAAACCCUUUACAACUGCAUCUGAAAUCAAAUCCUAUCGGGAACACCCACAGAAGAAUAAACGACAGGAAAUGAUUACUCAGUAUGCAUGUAACAAACCUGCUUCAUGACCUCUAAAUGGAAGACUUAGCGCGGCAAAAAUGAGAUUUACUCAGUCAAAGGUUAAACUGCUACAUGCACUGUGUAGUGCUAGUAAUCUUCGCACGAGAGAGAAAAGAAGAAAAAUCUCUGUUCAAGCCGACUCUCAAGGUCACGUUUCGCCAGUAUCACGAGCUUAUGAUGUUUUGUUUGGCCUGUCAACUCUUAUUUCUAACCGGAUAUUGUUUCACAAUUUAUGCGAAAUAGAAUACCCUGCCAGCGGGACGCUGGAACACGAUUAGCGACGGCGUUACGCAGACGUCCCUUUUCCGCGUGCAACAAAGGAAAUAGGAGACGUCUGCACGCAGGCAAACAGUAUAUUUCUAGCGAAGAACCGAUGCAUCUGAUACCCUUCAAUAAAUUAUAUUCCUGAAUCCGCCUCUGUGAAACCUUUGCAAAAAAUUAAUUUUUGGUCUUGCAAACAGCCUGAAGAAAAUCGCUAAGCAAAUUUUAGCUAACCAAAUCGAGAUAGUCAUUUGCUUUUCGUUAUUUUCCUUUCAAAGUUCCUGGUUGUAGGUAAGUACAAAAUACAGUAUGAAUGUGGCUUUCAUCAUGUCAGGGAAAUUUAAUUGGACAAGAAAAACUGCAGCAUUCCAUCAAGGCCUUUUUAAACGGCUAAACUUGAAAAAAUGUGUAGAAGCUCUUUAACGGUAGAAUUCUUAGCUUAGAUGCAUUCUCUUUUAGUUCUGAAAAAUGCAGUACCAUCCGAAAGAAAACGUUGCGUGAUUAUAUUCUGUAAUGAGAGAGAGAGCGUCGCCUAAAAAUGAUAUUAAAUCGUUUUCACUGUAACUGUGGCGUUGUGUAGUCUUACCAUGAUAAUAUACCUGUCUUAGAUGUACGAACAGUCAAUUUUUCUAUUAUUUUGUUUUAUAACUUGAAAUCUAUCCGAUUUUUUUGUCACAGUUGUACAUGGAGGUCUGUAUGUUUUCCACUCAUUGGACGUUCCUGCAACUCAGAAUCCACUAGAAAAUCUCUGCUGGCGAAUCACUAACGGGAAACUGGAAAUGACCCAAAACUGCCAGGUUGUUUCUGUAGUUAAUGAGAUAAUAACCCAUCUGACCGUGGUUGUUAAAAGGUAUACGGUGGGUAGAGUUAGGCUUCGUGGACAGCUAUUACUUUCCCAAUGUUGAGGACUCAUCAGCAUGGUUGGAAGUCCUUUUGCAUUCAGAUUCGAUUCGUAGUACACGGCUGGAUCGAUGAUCGCUUGUUUAGGGGUAGGAAGGGAAAGUCAGGGUAAUAUCAAUGAUGAUGAUGAUUAUUAUUAUUAUUAUGAUGAUGAUGAUGGCGGUGGUGGUGGUGGUAGGGUUAACUGUAACGUCAUUGAAGAUUAAUUAACAGGUGAUUGUGCCUUAGAAAACGAUUCUCGACUCAGGAAAAUUGGAUCUAGGUCUAGUUUGACCUAGUUUCAGCGGGCUUUUGGCUUCGAACCAGAGGCCGGUUUUUGCAGGUCAGAAAGUGAUAAUUCAGUAAACUUUCUAGACUGAAAUGACACUGGUUUGAAACUUCGCGGAGUGAAUAAAAUUGCUCUAAAAUUUGCGAUCUUUCAAAUUUGGACUCGGUGAAGUGCUUCCAGGGACCACUAACUUACUGCUUGGUGUCAGUUAAAGGCUUUUCAUCGGCCUUUGAAUGAGUUUUCAUUGUUUUAAAUUGCCAAGUAGUAGAAUGAGUUGAUUUUUUCGCUAACCCAGUUUUCAAAAAUCCAGGUAUACUUAUCUUGUUGCAAUUGAUGGAUAGGUUUUCAUCGCCCACAUUCCCGGAUUUAUGAAGGGAACUGGAGAAUUUCAGACAAUAUCAUUUGAGUCAGCAUGUGCGCCUGGUCACUAUAUUCGACAAAAGAACUAUAAGUUUGUUUUGGGAACAAAAGGAGACCCAAAAUUUGGUAAGUGAAAUUCAAAGGUGCCAAACCACUUCAAACGUUUACGAUCAUUCUUUGAUUGCAAUAACGUGAGAAAUUUUGAACACCUUUUUGCCACAAUUUUUCGAAAAAGGCACGGGCAUGAUAGAGGAGAAAUUGCGCCAUCAUUUUGCUUCCUGCUCUCGACUAAGUAAUAAGCACAAAAAAAUUUCAAAAGUAAUAUUUUGUAAGGGAAUCUGGAAAACUUUUGCUCGCUGAAUCCGGAAUCUUGGGCUUUGAAAUCCGGAGUACAGCUCAAGGAAUUCGGACUCCAAAAUCCAUAGCUUAAGUCCAGAAUGCAGUACCUGGAAUCCAGAAUCAACGACGUGAAAUCCAGAUUCCAAGACUGUCUUGGAUUCCUUUACAUGGGUCUAUACUGUAAACUGUAGUAAAUAUGCUCAAUACUUUGACUCUCAGAUUUUGAUGCCAGUGCAGCCUUCCACCAGGUAUUUUCAUUACCAGGAGCAUUUCAGUUCAGCCUAAUGAGAAAGGGAUGGUAUAUUUGCCAUAGCAAGGACAAGGACUAUCACAGAGUGGAUGUAGUCACAGACUUCAACAUGGCGUCCAUGCAAUGGUUUAGGCGAUGCUCAUUUGCCUUAAGACCUAUUGAAGAUGGAGAGAAUCAAUUGAUGAAUUGUUUCAACAUGGUUACAACGCCAGAGCCUCCGGUGACUCACGCAACUUCAUCAAAACCAACCAGCCGUCCCUCAAUAAUACCAACGACAAGUCACAAGCCUAAAGGUAAUCAGCAUAAUCCUUGAUUGGUAGAAAUGAAGGCUUUUCGUAAUAGCAGAACUCACUCUUCUGGCUUUUAUUAAUAUUACCAUAAAUUGUCGCUUAUAAGCCCUUGGCUUAUACAUCUUCGUCUUAAGUUUUAGGAGGGCUUAUAAACGGAGGGCCUUUUAUCCGCGGAGGGGGUUUAUAACCGCAAAAGGCAUCAAUUUUUCAAAUGAUGCCUACACCCUGUCAAGUGCCAACACACUUCACACAGUUUAAUUAAUCGCCCCUGCCCAUUUAAGGUAAUCCAAGACAGACUUGGAUUCAGACUGGAUUCCCCGCUCUGGAUUCCAGUGGCACUUGCAUUCUAGAUUAUAACUGUUAGCGGAAUACCUAAAUCUGGAUUACCUUAAGUGGGCGAAAGUUUUAACUGUGACUGGAUGUAAGAAAAAGAUGAAAUAAUCUUAACUAGAAAAAAAUAAGCUUAAGGAUGUUGUAAGUAGUCAAACAAACAGAAUCGGAAUGGAGCCUAUGAAUUCCGGAUGACCUGUUGGACACACGUCACGAGUUUGCUCCUGUUCGAGCUACUACAAAUGAUUUUUCGAAAAAUUCUCGUUGUAAACUUUCAUUGCGUGCAGACUAGUUUUGCUGCAUACAUAAAAGUGACGCGUACGCUGCUCAUGGUUUUUUCGCUUUUUAGCGCGUUUUUGGAGUACGUAUUCAAGCCGUUCUCCAGACUGCUAACCACUUAUUUUAAGGAUAAACACAAAAUUUCCAUUGAAUUUGCUUAAUUUCAGGUCCUUGCGUAUACGUCCACUUUAUCAACACGGUUGAUAUACCCAUCAUCCUAUAUUCCAGUCUCAAACCAGAAGGUUAUUUGGUCACAGGACACGACUUAGAUCUUCAUUACGUUAUAAAAAAAGGUCGAGCGGUAGGUUUUAAAGAGAUGCGGAAGAAAUCAAGGGUUUCAGGUGAUCAAGGAGAGAAUGCUUCCAAGGUAAGAUCUGGUAAAAAAAGAUCAGUUUACUCAAAAGUAGAUACGCCAUUGUUAUUUCAAAAAUUUCACUAGGUGAACAAUAUAUGGCCGUAAAAAUACAAGGACCUAAUGUGCCAGGGUUGGGUUUACAAAGAUGAAUUGACCUCCAUUCUCAGGGUUUCCUCUCCGUCCUUACCCCUCAAGAGUGCAACAAUGCAACCGACAUUUUAUGAGCCAAAUUUUUUUUUUUUUCGCAAAAAAAGUAUCAGUCCACUGAAAACGAAAUGGAACGCUUAAGAGUGACAAAUGAUGCACGACUGGCUGCGUUCUUUGUUUUCUCGAGCCUAUUAAAGUAACGGAGAUUCCAUGUAGCUUAUUUUUAAAGUAACAUAUUAUGGAGACAGCCCUUUUUGGCCGCUACCGAAAUAGUUAUCAAUACUCUUUGCGAUAAUUUGCAGGACAUGGAUGUACCAGGAAAAAAUCAACAUCUUUACCUUGACGAGACUUCAGCCAAGCUAUUGGGAGGUCAAAUAAUUACGUUUUGGGCUAAAGAUCCAACCGGAAAACGUGAAGUCUUCAUUGAUGGAAAAAAGAUAAUAUAUGUCAUUCCCGGUCUUGACUGUGAUCCUUCUAUUGAAGUCACACUGACUUCGAGGACCAAGAAAAGUAUGGGUACUCGUUUAACAUUCCUUAGUACUUAUUUAACAACACUGUUAUGUAAUUUAGCAAGCAGACUUAAGGCUGCGUUGAAUAAUCUCCUCUAUAUACUUUUAAGACACGAUUUUAGUUUAGCGUUUUUUUUGUUUGUUUGUUUGCUUCUGUUGUUCUUUUUCUAUUGGUCUAACUGUAUUGCUCAUACUAUGGGUUAUUUAAACUUGCGCUAUAAAGAAUUAAUUUCGAUGUCCCUUUUUCUCAGGCACGUCAACAACGCAGCCAACGACCUCUACACAAUCACCACCUUCAACAACUCAUGUUACAGCAUCGCCAGUUCCUCCAACCUUCCCUCCCUCCCCUCCUCUUCCUCCUCCUCCUUCUCCGCCCUCACAACCACCUCCUCCUCCUCCACCACCUCCACCACCUACUACUACUCGACCACCACCACCACAACCUCCUCCACCACUUGAACCCCUUCCCCCUUCUCCACCUCCACCCUUUCCUCCAUCGCCUGCACCUCCUCUUCCCCCUCCCCCACCCCCUGCUUUACCUUCAACACCUACACCUUUGCCUCCUCCUAUUCCUCCUCCUUCUUAUCCUUCCUCUCCUACGCCAUGUUCUCCACGAUUACCACCAAAAUCGCCUUACACUACAACAGUGCGACCCUGUUCACCCACGAAACCAGUCAUGCCACCGCCACAACCGUCUAUCCCAACCUUACCUCCCAAAUCUCAGCCUCCCGUGCCACCACCUCCCUCGGCACCAUCCGUGACAACACCAACCACUCUACCAGUAACACUUCCAACUUGCGGUCCUAAUACAACUAGGGCCCCUUUCUUGACAACAACUAUUCGACCGUGCAAACCAACCACUAAGCCUCAAUAUACCACACUUCCACCCUGUCCUCCCAAUCCUAACAACUUUCCCCCGGGACCUAAACCUUGCAAACCUUCCCUUAGCUCUCCCUCUCCCGUUCUAACGCCAACUCCCCCUCCACUUUCUCCUCCAUCAUGUUCAUCACCAGGAAAACCUUCGACACCUGGGUUAGUCCCUUCUUGUCCUCCACCACCGCCGGUUUCUACCAAACCACCAAAAGUAGUCACAGUUACCUUACCAACACUACCUCCAGUACAAACCCCGCCUUUGAUUUCAGCUCCGGGUAAGGUUCGAUUUAUCUUAAGAAAAUUCUUAUACAUCCGCAUAAAAUUCAAAAUUCUACGUAUAUAUAUUGACGAGUUGAAAAUCUUUGUGCAUGUGGGACUUUUUCUGGAUUUUUUCUAGGCCCUUGGCGAUAGGGACUUGGUUGUGACCAAAUAUAAUUUUUAACGCUUUCUUCUUGCCUGAAUUGACCAGUAAUAAGGGUUGAAAUUAAGACAAUUGCAGGAAAUACUUUUUCAAUACUUUUUAUAUUCUCUUUCUCCUAACGAAAUAAAAUUGAUUGAUAAUAUAAUUUCACAGCAUACGAAGAACUCUCUUUAAAACACCCAUAUUACCCACUGGUUAAUUUCUUAGAGAAGUUGGUUGCUCUGAGAGUUUCAUUUCGCGUUCAAUUAAAGAAUAUCGUCCGGUAUCGUUUACAGACUCGUAUUUGAUGCUAGUUCUAGAACUUUUCUGCAGGUAAGCUCAAGAUCAAAACUUCUUAUGUCCUUUAGGGCUAGCAAGCAACCAUCAGAAAGAGCCUCUCCAGUCGAAACUUGUGAUGUAUGUGUUCGUGGCUAGUAUGUUCACGUAAUCAGUCUGAGAAAAUCCAAUCGAUCUUGAGAGCGAAAUGAGCGGCACAUUAAUUGUGUACCGUUCUGUUUUUUUUCUUACGUAGGCUGUAUGCCCACCCAUGGAGGGACUUCGCACGGUGCUUGCUGCAUGUUUCCGUUUAUCUAUAACGGAACUCUACAACACCGAUGCACAAGAGCCGAACGCGGCUAUCGCUGGUGUUCUACCACUGUUAAUUAUGACUCAGAUAAACAGUGGGGAUUCUGUACUUCCUGUUUUUUGUGCUAUGGCGGCAACUCAAAUGGGAACUGUUGUCAUUUUCCGUUCAAAUAUGGCGGGAAAAUGUAUACGACCUGCACCACUCAGGAUGAUACCAAGCCAUGGUGUGCCACCACUUACGACCACGAUGUUGAUAAACAAUGGGGUUACUGUGGAGGUGGGAAAAAGUCUCUUAAUUAACACAACAAACUGCUAUAUAGCUCCUAUAUAGCUCCUAUAAAUAUAUCACGUUAACGUCACUUCGAAGCCCUUUUACGAUGUUUCUCAGAGAACGGCGUCAUAUGAUUGUUACAUGUAAUUUAAUUUUCUUCGUGUCAUCGCGAACAGCAGCCUCUUAGGUUACUCUCACAAGGAAAAGGCUAUCCGCUAUAGUAUGGACACCCGUGCGAUAUAUGACUCUCCACUUUAGACAUCAGCGCAGCGCAGUCUCGCUGCGUCCGAAAUAGCACCAAAAUCAUCGUUACUUGUGUGAACAGAAGCCCUUAUCCGGUAAGGUUCUUGUGCUAGCGCAAAAGCUACCUGGUAUAGAGUGAACGUAGCUUCGUUGACUAAUUAACAAUUAUUCCUCGAGCCCGCAUGGGCUCUGAGUCAAUAGCCCAUGAGGCCGAAGGCCGAAUGCGCUAUGACUCAGAGGCCAUGAGGGCGAGAGGAAUAAUUGUUUUAGUAAAAUCCAGCUAGUUGUUCAGAAAUGUCGAGACAAAACAACUUUUAAUUAGCUAGUAGACUUUGAUCCUUUUUUGCCGCCAAAAAGCCGGCGUUUUUCGCUACUAGUGGGCUAUAACAUCUAGCCUAGUAGUAGCUCAAUUAAUCAGAACGCAGCAUUGAUAAUAGACCCCUAGUUGGAUUUUACUAAUUCACGUUAGUCUUGUACAAGAUAGUUUUAAAAAAACUAAAAUUAAAGAUUUAAUUAUUUUCUCUAUUUUUUCUUUGCAUUUCUCUUCGUUUACAAGAACGAUUUAUACAAAUAAUUCUCAUUUCCAUUUAGGCGAUGCCCCUGGCUCCGUUCCUCAGCCAAAGAUUACUUUCCCACCAUGCACCCCAGACUGUGAUAACAAAUGUGUCGACAUGUGUCCAGACUACUGUUGUGUAAAAGGAAUGAUAAGAAAAGAAACUGGACAAACAGCUGAGAUUGUUCAUUCCUCCCAGGUAAUAAUAGGCAUAAAAGUUGUCGUUAAAAGAAUUAGCCAAAAGAGAGGUCAAGGAAAGGUAUUUUGUAUAUCUUGAUGCUACUAAAGCUUGUUUACUCUUAUAGACACGAUUUUCUCCGCCCCCACCCCCUCUCCCCUUCAAAAAAAGUGGAAAAACCACAGCCCAUAUACUUCCGGUUGAUUUGUGUCGCUCAAAAACGUCUUUGUUCUAGCCCACUUAAAGCAAAAUAGUGUUAGUGACCUCUUCCAUCGCACACGGGACGGAACGUACUCAACCUACUGUUAGCCAUCACGACUCUAAAACUAUCCAAUGAGGGUGAAUUUUCCUUGUACUAAUUGCCAAGUUAGCUCUGAAACGUUGACAUCAGUCAACUAAAUCAAACACAGCAAGUAUAUGAGGCCUCAGCACGCCCCUAUAAUUUAACGUUUAUCUUAUCGUGUUUAAAUCACGAAGGCUAUUUUGGAGGAGACUUCUACCUUUUUAAGGACACUAAAUGAGUUAUAUUCGAGCAUUAAAGAAGGCAAAAGUUUUUGCCGAAACGUUUUUGCUCAUUUCAAAAUCCUUGAGUUUAUGAUAUUCUUGUGCGACUCGAGAUUCCUGCUGUCCAGACGUCUUUAAUUUUUUUUCCAGACUUACCAACUACCGCAAACUCAGAAUAUAUAUUCCUCCUGUCCAAUCAUCUGCGUCACAACCUGUGUCCCGGUUUGCCCAAUGCGUUGUUGUAAACAUCCUCUUCCCUAUGAAAACCCAUCUGUUUCACCAGUUUACUGUACCCAGACCUGUUCCAGCUUCUGCUCCAGCUCCUGCCCAGCAGAAUGUUGCAAAAAUGCGCCUCAAGCUUGGACUCGAACAUUUCCAUCGUUCAGCCUCACCAAACUUUGCCCAGCUGAUUGUGACUCUACGAACUGCUUUGCUAGAUGUCCACCUCAGUGUUGCCAGAAUAAAAUAGAUAAAUCAAAAAAGUAUCUUUCACUUGAAGAUUUAAGCCGAAGUCCAUCGGCAAUGAUUGCUGUUAGAUCGAAAUUAGUUUGUCCCGCUACGUGUUACGACGUUUGCUCCAAAGAAUGCGCCGAACACUGUUGCAGAAUUGGUAGUGAAAGAGACGUUCCCAAGAAUAAACGUCCCCAAGUUCCUGAUCAUGGUAAUACAAUGUUGGCGCAUUAAGGCAUAAUCAUCUUAAGAAAUAUAAUCAACUCUCUCUUAACGGACACCUCUGAAAGACCCACACCUCGCUGAAAUGGACGCUUAGAGUUGCUCUGCAUUUCUUUGAUUCCUUCUUUUAGUUGUCGUUCUAUAAGAAAAACAUCUCUCUGAGACCGACACAUAAUGCAAAUCUCAAAGAAUCCGUCUCACAGACUUUUGACUGUAUUUGCUUUAGGUUAGCUGAAUUUCGUGUAUUAAAACGCAAUGUUCUCAGUAUUCCAUUUUCAAGAACUUGCUUCGAAACUAGCGCAUAGCGUAACAGGUGAUAGUACAGUUCGCUUUAACCGUGCUUGCAUUCUCGUUUUUAAAUGGCCGAACCACAACCUUUAAAUACUGCAGCUGUGGUUAAUCCAACAAAAACGUUUGUAUCAGUGAAAGUCCACUUAAAGUGACCUUUUCAUGCUGAACGUUAGCUUACUUGUACAUAAGAACUGCUUUAGGUCUAUUCAAGUACGGUAGGGUGGAAGGUAGUGACCACAACUUUCAAGACGUCGGUCCAAUUACAAGACAGCUAAAUCAUAUUAUUUAUUUACUGCAAAUGCUCAGUUUGAAUUGUGUUUAAAAAUUCUUUAAUUUGCCUUUCAGAAUGUAAAAAUGGUGUUUCUACAACUGGAGGUAAUGCCAGGGGAGCUUGCUGUAAAUUCCCCUUCAUCUAUAAAGGCGUGGCUCACUGGACAUGUACAAAUGAAAAUGCUGCCAAGGAAUGGUGUUCUGUGACAAAAGUGUUUGACAUCGACAGAAAGUGGGGUUACUGUGGAUGGUAA